AUGUCUGUCCAUAAAAACUGUGUACUGUGGGGAAAUCGGGUGGUGAUCCCCGAACAGGUGCGUAAAGACGUUCUUGCUCUGCUACAUGAUGCCCACCCUGGAAUUGUCCGCAUGAAGGGCAUUGCCCGCAGCUAUGUCUGGUGGCCAGGGUUAGAUGCCAAAGUGGAGCAGAUGGUAAGGGGCUGCUCAACGUGUCAGCAAUCACGGCAUGCCCCGCCCAAAGCCCCUGUGCAUCCCUGGGAGUGCAUCUUAAGAAGAUGGUCCCGUCUCCACAUAGAUUUUGCAGGCCCCUUUCAUGGGAAGGUUUUCCUCAUUGUGGUGGAUUCAUAUUCAAAGUGGUUAGAGGUGGAGCUGGUGAGCUCUAUGUCUUCCUCAGCUGUAAUUACCACUUCAUUGCGUAAACUCAUGGUGACCCAUGGCCUUCCAGAUGUAAUCGUCUCAGACAAUGUCACGGCAUUCACCUCAGCAGAGUUCAAAAGGUUUGUACAGCGGGAUUGGCCGACAUGUCUUGGCAGAUUUCUGCUGGCACAACACACCACACCUCAUUCGGUGACACAGAAGAGUCCAGCUGAAAUGUUGAUGGGUCGUCGCCUAACUACAGCUUUGGACUGUCUGCAUCCGGACUUUGCAUCAGACAUGCAACAAAAGAGACAGGAAGCUGCGGCCCUAGGUCAAAGGCCAGUGAGGCAUUUUCAGGUGAACGAGCCUGUGUUUUUGAGGCACUAUGGAGAAGGGCCUAAGUGGGUGUCAGGAGAGGUUGUUGGAAUCACUGGCCCCCUGUCUUACAAAGUGCGAACUGAGAAUGGUCAAGAGCAUCGCCGUCAUGUGGACCAACUCAGGAGACGACGCCCCUCAGCCGCCGUGCACCUGCCUUUAGCUAUAAGUGAAGAUUUCGAUGACAGCCUAAGCAGCCCUCCCUGCAACGAAGCUGACAACGAGCUGUCAGACAACAGCCAACCUGAUGUCCCACCUAUUGCCCCAUCCUCCACAAGCUCAGAAACUGCCGCCCCAGCUCUGACUCCUCAAGAGACAUUCCAACGACCAGUACGCCUGAGGGUUCCCCCAAGGCGCUACCAGGAUUCUGAAUAG